AUGUCUGCCAAACACAUGGAUCUGCAUCCAGAGUCUCAACAUGCUAUGAAGGAGAUGAACGAGAGAGACCUGCUCUCCAUUCAGGGGACACUGAAAGUGGAUUUGGUGGACACAGCCAACCUACCCACUCUGUCUCUAUCUUCACCUCCACCAUCUUCUCCUGUUGUCCCUGCUGGUAAAAACAUCGCCAUCCACCCUCAGCCAGUGGAAAGCCUGGGUGGUGGAGGAGAUGAUGGGUGCCUCCCCCUGGCAGCAGCCCCAGUGAAGUCUGCUCCAGGUCUGAAUGCUGAACAAAUGCAACAUGUCUCGAGUGCAGCUGCCAGUUACUGCGCUGCUCCUCCACAAACAUGUAACAAUGUGCCACUGACAAAGCUUCCUGAAGGCCUGACCCAGAACCUGCGUCCUGUUGGAGUGGUCUUGUCUAACCACCUGCUCUGUGUGUGUUUGUGUCUCCAGCGUAACAAUGUCUUAGUGACAAAGCUUCCUGAGGGCCUGACCCAGAACCUGCGUCCUGUUGGAGAGGUGAGGGGAGAGCUGGUGUACGAGAUCCCAGCAGACAGUUUCACUCUUUCCGACUCUGCUGCUCCUCCACCGUCACAGAACAAGAAGAAGUCAAACAGAAAGCCAAAGUGUGAAGACAAACAGGACGAUAUAAAGAUGCCGCUAAAUGCCUUCAUGCUGUUCUUGAAAGAAAAGAGGCUGAAAUUGGCAGCCGAACUGGCCAUGACUGAAAGUGCGGUGGUGAACGCUGUGCUGGGACACAGGUGGAGAACACUGUCAAAGGAGGAGAAGGCCAAAUACUAUGAAGCAGCACGCAAAGAGAAAGAGCUCCAUGAGCAACAGUACCCGGACUGGUCACCCCACUCUGGCAAAAAGAAAAAGAAGGAGAAGCCAAAGCACCACAAGAAAAAGUCAUCUCCGUCUGUAAAAUAAAUACAUAAAUUAAUUAAUCAAUAAAACACCGUACACUA